CUCUGCUGUAUCCCUCACUGCAGAGGUGUAACUCUGACAGGACCAGUUUCGCGUUCCAUCAGUCCCUGGACGGAAUUGCAGUGAAGAGAAGAGGCAGGUAAUUUCUGCCCUGGGCUCUGUUGGAAAAUUCCCUGGGCUCCACCUGACUUACCCACUCCUGCAAGAUUGGAUUGCAGUGUAGCCAAGGAGAAUGGACGGAGUCAGCAGCAACAGGACCAUGUCCUACAGCAGAUGGAGUUAUGAUAGUGUACUGGAUGAUGAAGGUAGUAACCUGCGACAACAGAAGCUUGACAAACAGCGAGCCUUACUGGAACAGAAGCAGAAGAAAAAACGCCAGGAACCGUUGAUGGUCCAGUCAAACGUGGACAGCCGAUCUCGGGCUCGGCGGAUGAAGCAGUCGGAGGAGCAGGCCCCGCUAGUCGAGUCCUAUCUGAAUAGUAACAGCAGCACCAUUUAUCAUGCAGUACAAGAGGCCGAACAUGAGGAUGUAAAGGUUGUAACAGAUGUGCAAGUUCCAAAGGCUGCUAAAAAAUCAAAGUCCUCAGCUGCAGGCUCACAAUCUGCCAGCCUCAAGAAGGAAAAAAGGGGUAAACAGAAAGGAAUCGAUGGCCCAGCGGCGUUUCAGGAUGAUGUCCAGGAGGUGGGAAGUCAAGUUCAAAUUCUCACUGUAGGUCAGUCCAGCAACGAAGAUGAGGAUACUGACACAGCAGCCAGUGUGCAGCAGGCCUCAAAGCAGGACCUUAGAGCAACAAUGCAAAAGAAAGGCAUUUCCAGUAGCAUGAAUUUUGAUGAGGAAGAGGAUGAAGAAGAUGAAGUCAGCUCCAGCUCUUCCCAAGUGAAUUGUAAUACCAGGCCAGGCUCCGCUUCCAGUAAAAAAUCCAAUAAGGAAGCUGCCUCUGUCUCAACCCCUCCUGCUGAUUCUCUAGUAAAUGUGGACGACCUCGAGGAGUUUGGGGUGAAACCAGCUCCACAAGGGAUCACCAUUAAGUGCCGAAUCACAAGGGAUAAAAAGGGGAUGGACCGUGGAAUGUAUCCUACCUACUACCUCCACCUGGAAAGGGAUGAUGGCAAGAAGGUCUUCUUAUUGGCAGGAAGAAAGAGGAAGAAGAGCAAGACAUCAAAUUACCUCAUCUCUAUAGACCCCACUGACCUAUCACGUGGUGGAGAGAGCUUUAUUGGCAAACUCAGAUCAAAUCUCAUGGGCACCAAGUUUACAGUGUAUGAUAAUGGAGUGAAUCCAGAAAAAGGAACUUCAAGCUUAGAUGCGUGUAAUUUGCGUCAAGAGCUAGCCGCCAUAUGUUACGAAACAAACGUUCUGGGUUUCAAGGGACCUCGGAAGAUGAGUGUAAUCAUUCCAGGCAUGAAUAUGGAUCAUGAAAGAGUUUCCAUUAGGCCUCGCAAUGAGCAUGAAACCUUGCUGGCACGCUGGCAGAACAAAAACACAGAGAGUGUAAUUGAGCUACACAACAAAACCCCAGUAUGGAAUGAUGACACACAAUCCUAUGUCCUUAAUUUUCAUGGUCGAGUUACACAGGCCUCUGUGAAGAAUUUCCAAAUUAUUCAUGAUAAUGACCCGGAUUAUAUAGUGAUGCAGUUUGGCCGAGUAGCAGAAGAUGUCUUUACCAUGGAUUACAACUACCCAAUGUGUGCACUGCAAGCAUUUGCGAUUGCUCUGUCAAGCUUCGAUAGCAAACUAGCUUGUGAAUAAUGGUGCAAUCAAAGUUCUUUCCUCAGUGCUUCAACGAGAAACUUACUUUCUUUGCUUCUACGUCUUGGUUGCAAAUUACAGUAAGAUAUAAUUCAUCUUUAAUAUCAUACAUUUUUAUGUAAAAAGAUGACUAAAAUUACACCAAGGUCCUAAGUCCAAAUUUGAAUCCCAAUUUAAAUAUUUUAAUGAAACAUGGAGCUGCUUUGCAUUUUUAAUUUUUUUUAAAAGCACACAUAGUUCUGUGCUCAGUCCAUUUUUAUGCACUGACAGUCAUUUUGCAUGAAUCGUUGACAUGGAACAUUGUCUUUAAAAGAAAAAGAAAACUUAUGAGGUGAAAAGGCAGCUAUAAAAUCCAGAGGGUGUUGAGUCAGACCAAAAGAGAAAGAUCAGCAGGUUUUCCUUCCAAGUACUAACCUUUAUGUCAUUUCUGAAAUCUAUUCAGAUUGUUCUUUACAGAUUGGUCAGAAAUGUAUGUCACGUCUGCUGAUUCAAUGCAGUAAUAAUUUUAUUUCAGGUGAUUAAAGAUGUUAAACAUCAGGACUUAUUUUAAGAGUUAAACAGUUUUAAAUUAUUCUAAUUAACUUCUACAUGCCUUUUAAUUUAUUGUCUGCUUUUUUUUAUCUCUUUUGGCUUGAUCUUAUUUAAAUGAUAACGUAAUUGGGAAUGAGGAAUUUCUCUGCUCAUAUUGAGAAUGAGGCAGGAAGAAAGAGAGACUGCAUUUAAUUAUGCCAUUUGUUAUAUGUACAUUCUUAGUGCCGACACUGUUGAAAAUAGAAUUAUCCUGUUCUCUGAUGGGUCAAAAUAAUACUAGAAUAGUAACAAUACAGAAAAUAAAAACAAAUAAAAGAAGUUGAAAAUCAGUUAUACUUAAUGGGACUGGAAUUCUGAAUGAAAAAGAUUGCAAAACUGGUUGAGAUUACACAUUAUAUUUCAUAAGAAGUGAAUUCUUCAAUCAAAUCUGAAAGUAGAUGAAAUUCACAAGUGAUGAUAUGUGUCUGGAUUAAUGUAGAGCCAUAGUGCUGAAUUCUAGUGCUAAAGCACACCGAUUAUUGACACAGAGUAAAUAUAGAUUGUGGAAAACAAAUCACAAAAAGUUUAUAAGGUGGUUGGAGUGGCUGGAUUUCAGGGACACCCAGGCAAAUACAUGAAGGAGACAGAAAUAAGUUAUAAAGUCAUAUAAGUUAUAUGAAUUCAAACUGAUGAAAGUUCAUGAGAAGCAUAGAUCACGUGGCCUGUUUCUCUGCUGAACAACCUACAGAAUUCUAUUAAGGUUGCAUAAAUGCAGAAGCUGGAAAUCUGAAAUAACAACAGAAAAUGCUGGAAACGUUCAGUCGGUCAGGUAGCAUCAAUGAAGAGAAGUGGUUAUUAUUUAGGUUGAAGACCCUUCAACAGAACUAGGAGAAUGUUGAUUUUAAAUUUUCAAGAAGGUGAGUAAGAUAUGGGCCACAGGAAUAUAUACAAUAGGCUGUUGGUGAAGUCAUGAUUAAUUUACCCAUUACCAUGAUAAGCUGCGGUGAAAGGCCAUUGAUGAAGCCAUUAUUAAGCUCUCUUUCCCAGUAACAAAGAGUCCUCAACUUGAAAUAUUAAGUCUGUUGAAAGAUAGGGUUAAUUUCACCUAGAUGAUUUGCCCAUCUUCAUCUGUAAUGACAUCAUUUAGAUAACAGGUGGCAUCGAGACAGUCUAAUUGCUCAUAAUUAUCAAUUUCAUCUUCAAUCACAAUCCUAGCAAAUUGGAAACUCAGACACAUCAUCCUGUCUUUAGAUUUUCUCACUAUAUAAAGAAAACAUCAUUACUACCAUUGGGGAAGUGUAAAGGUUCUUUCAUGAAGCAACUGCUCGUCCCACCUAAUUUGACACUGUAGCAAUGUGGUGUUGGAAAUCUUAUUUAAAAUCAAACAAUAGUACAGUCAGGAUGGUGUACACUUUAAAAAUCUUAACCUUUUGGGUUGGCUUAAGCCAAGUUCUCAAGAGAACUUCCCCAUCCCUUGAGUUUACCAAUCCAUUCCUGACUGGAACCCACUACCCAGGAGUCAAUCCUAGCUCCAAGGUAUUUUUUUUACACUACAUGGGUUAAAAAAUGAAUCUCACCUUUGUUAAAGAGCUACUUAGUGAUGACAUUGAAAACUAAUACCUUAUUUUUACUCACCAUAAAAAAGCCUGCAGUGUAUCAAGAUUAACAUCAAGACCUGGUUUCUUGCAAAAAUGUUGCCAAGAAAACUUGAGAAUUUUAGACAUACCCUUGCGAGAAUCACUCACAAAGGCCACGUUAUCAGCAAAGGUCAAUGUGGUACAAGAGGAAAGCAUCUUGCUUAAGACCCUCUUAAGAUAAGAAUGGGCCCAAACUUGACCUUGCCAUUCUCAAUAAAAGUGUAGGAGUCUGUGUAUGUAUCUGAAAUGAGGUCCACAAAAUCAGCAAAAACUCCCAUCAGGCCCAGAAAUUUAACAAUAAGUCUCUGGCUAACCAAGUCAAAAACUUUAUAUAAAUCUAUAAAUAUGGCAGCUUUCUGUUUUCUCUUGGCCCCCUUCAUUAAAUUAUAUAAAAUAUCAAUAUUCUCAUUACAGCUAGGGUAGCCGUGAUAAAUCCAUUUUGAUGACAAUUUAAGACAACCACAUCCAACUUCCUCUUGGGCGAUAUUUUGGAGAAUAAUCUCAAAAUAAUUGAUGCAAUGGUGUUAGGUUGCCAGUUGUCCACAGAUUAAAAAUUUUCAUUGUUGUCAGACUUCUUAACAAGGACUGCCUGGCUAUGUUUCAUCCAUGUGAAUAUAUUACCCACUUUAAUCCAAGAGGAAAACAUAGUAGCUAACUCGUUGGUGUCUAUUUUGUGGACCUCAGCUAGACUCCAACGGUCUGGGCUAGCCACUUACCUCUUUUAAAACUGUUAUCAGUUCUCGAUGGGUGUUACCUGAACUUUUGAGUAAUUCUAUAUAUUUGAUAACUCUUGUUCAACGAAUUUGUGGAUCUGUUGCCAUGGAAGAUGAUAUUUGUUUUGCUGUGCAAAGCUCUGUCCUUUAAGUAUCUUGAAAAAUUCAAGAAAUUGUCAAAAUUUCACUAUUCUCCAGGUCUGGCACUAGUAAUACGGCAGAAGGAUUUGCUCAGUAUUGUUAUAUCUGAAAUUUGAGACUUCUCUGAUUAGUCCAUUUUAUUGCUGAAUUUGAGGGUCUGCAAAGAAAAUUUGCCGGGGAACAGAGUGUAAUGGUGUGACAUGCAUGCAGGCACCUGGGGGGGUGGAAGAAGUAUGCACCAUUAAAUCAAUUACUGAUCUCUUAAAAGUAUCAAUUUUUUUUACUUGAAUUGAACUCAAACAUUAAAUGAGUUACCAUCAUGUGGUAGUAAUGAGUUGGAUUAAUUUUCAGGGUCUUAAAUGUUUGAGAAUUGGACAUUGGUCAUUCUAGACAGUAAUAUUGUUGGACAAAACUUGUAUACAUAUUAGGUUCUUUUACCUGCAAUAAACAUUAAUUUUAAAUAUAUUAAUAUCUCUGUUAAAAUAUUGGAUCAACAAUUUGGUGCAAACUUUUUGAGUGCACAACAAUAAUGCAUUAUACUUAAUGCUUUGACCACAAAAAUUGUAUGGAGGGCAGCGUUUCACUUGUUACUGAAUGUGUUGGGACAUGGAUAUGGGUAUGGAUAUAAACAUCAGCUGGGCACCUUGAAAAUCUCUGAAAUCACCACUAUAAUAUACAGGUUCAAUUCUAUAAGAAAUAAGGGGAGGGAUGUGAUUAUAAAACAGAACCUCACAAACAAUUCAUCCAUGAAGAGUGGGAGCAUUAUUUAAAUUAUACAGUAAAUGUUUGGCACCUUAUAUGACUCUAAUGUUGAAUAUGUAGAAACCAUUAUCAGAAUGUUAAAAAGAAUUAUCAGAAAAAUGGACAAAUGGAGACAAAAAGGAAGACUACAGAUGCUGGAACCAGGAGCAAAAGUAUAAAUUGCUGGAGGUACUCAGCAGGUCAAGCAGCAUCUGUGGAGCAUUAGGAAAUUAGGACCUGAAAUGCUGACUCUGCAGAAACUGUCUCGCCAGCUCAGUUCCUCCAGCAGUUUUUAUUUGCAAGUGGUAGCGUAGUGGUUAAUGCAAUGCGAUUACAGCUCGGGGUAUCAGAGUUCAAUAUCAGCGCCUUCCCUAUAAGGAGUCUGUACGACCUCCCCGUGGAAUGCGAGGGUUUUCCCCGGGUGCUCCGGUUUCCUCCCACAGCUCAAAGAUGUAGCAGGUAGGUUAGUUGGUCAUUGUAAAUUGUCCCGUGAUUGGAUUAAGGUUGAAUCAGGAUUGUCGGGGUUUGUGUGUCACAAAGGGGCAGAAGGGCCUACUUCGUGCUUUAUCUCUAAAAUAAAUAAAUAGAUGACACAGGAAAAUGUUCAGGCAAGUAUACUCACAGGGGGCUGUGUAGAUAUCAAUUUCAAGUUUAAGCAGAAGUGGUAGAGGCAGGUUCGAUAUUGUCAUUUAAAGUAAAAUUGGAUAGCUAUAUGGACGGGAGGAAUGGAGGGUUAUGGGCUGAGCGCAGGUCAGUCGGACUAGGUGAGAGUAAGCGUUCGGCAUGUUUCCGUGCUGUACUUGUUAUACGGUUAUAGGAAUUGGAGAAUUUCCUCACUAAUAGCCAAUUCAUCUGCUUCUUCAUACUGAGGUAUUCACAGUUUUCUGCGCUGAUUUUAGUCCUUAUAAUAAGGUACCUUUACAGGGAGAAGUUAUAAAGGAGGGAGAAAAUGCUACCACUAGUCAUAGGCCUUCAAUCUGAAAAACAAGCCAGCUCCUCCUAUCAGCAAAGCUGAUUUUAUAUCCAAUUGGCUACGUUGACUGAUUGUUUCCACGGAUUCUGCCCGACCUGCUGAGUUCGUCCAGCGUGUUGUGAGUGUUGCUUUGACCUUAGGUUCCACAUGUUCUAACAUCACAGACCAGCCUUUCAUGUAGGACUGUGUAAAAGUCACAUCUGCUAAAAUCCAUGUGGACAUCAUUUAUCUUGCUGCCUUUGUCAAUCUUGUUGGUGACCAUCUCCGAAAAAACCUCAAAUUCAGGAGACAUGGGUUCCCAUGCACAAAGGCAUGCUGACUAUCCCUGAUUAGUCUUUGCAGUUCCAAAUGCAAAUACACCUAGUCUUUUCAGUCCCUUUCUAUUACUUUCCCACCACUGACAUAAGACUCAUUGGCCUCUGGUUCCCUAUUUAUCUUUGCUACCCUUCUUCAACAAAGGCAUAACAGUAGCCAUCCUCCAAUCUUCCAACAGCAUUUCGUAGUGAUCCCUCUCAGGAAAGAGUUACCAUGUUCCUUUGUUCAUGGUACGAUGUGAGCACUAAAUUAUGAACAAGAAAAGAACUUAAUGGUAUAACUAUAGCUUAGAAGUAUUCCACUUUGCACAUAACAAAUUCAAUUACUUAUGUUGAACCUGAGGUGGUACCCAGCUCUCAAAUGAUUUAACAGAGCACCAAAUUAACACCCCAUUGCUCAUCACAUUAUGUAAAUUUUCUUUUAUAUCAAAUUAAGUAGAUUAUCUCCCCAGUUACUAAUCUUGUAACAUAGUACUAACAGUGCAGAAACAUGAUCUACCCAACAAGUCAAUGCUUUGUUAUAUACGAGCUUACUUCAUCCUACUUAAGAUAGCAAGUCUGACAGUGCAGUGUAACCUUUGUGCUUAAUUCUCUGGAGUGAGACUUGAAUGCACACUUUCUGACUCAAAUAGGCGAGUGUAAUUAUAGGGGCACAGCUAGUGCCUAAUAUUCAUUUUAAUCUUGUCCUUUCUGAUUGUUUGCAGAUUUACUCCUUGUGUUCUUUAUACUGCAACAGGUCAGAAAAGAUUAAAGAUUUAGAAUACUCUCAAAAGGUUUCUGACCCAUUCUGUUUCUAUACUUUUCUCAUUUGCUUGCAGCAACCUCAUUAGUGCAGACUUCACAGGGGGAGAAAAACAAGGAGAAGUUGGUUUUGAAUGUAGCUAAUUUGUUCGUAGAGCAAGAGAGCUCAUUUGCAAAAUGGAAAUAUAUAUUUGGGAGAUGUGAUCUUUAUAAAUAAUUAUGGCCUUGUUAAAGUGCAAGAUUUAGUAUAGAAUGCUGUCAUUUUAGUAGAUUUGCUUAACUCACUCAAAUGAAGUUAAUAUCUUCAUGAUUGUGAUACCUUUUACACAAAUUGAGCACAUCAGCCGCUGACUUUGCUUUGGAAGAUAUUGGUGUUCAACAGUAAAACAGAGCAUGCAUGUUGUUCUGCAUGUGCAGCUUUGCACAGUGAGAUAUGUGCUGCUACCUGCUAACAUGUAUGGAAUAUUUACUGUUUUUUUUCAUGUAAAGAAAUCAUGUACUCAGAUGUUUUAUUUUGUGUUAUAAUUAUGAAAUAAUCAAAUGAUCGAUGUACUCCAAUGAAUUUCAUGAUAUUCCUACGUAUCAUAACCUUGUACAGUGUGCUAAAACUUUAAGGUGAAACGAUGUGCAUAAUUGCACACCUCACUCAAGUGAAGGAUUCCUGCUUUGUCUUGUCAGAGUACGUGGCUUAUGAUUAUUUUAGCUGAGGUCUACAAGACAUGGUCUGAUUGUUAUAUCAUGAAACAUUUUUAUGUAAAACUCAUUAUAAAAACAACUCGUGUUCUGAUUCUGUGAUGUAUGUUUAAAGUUGACUUCACUUUUUAUCGAGUCAGUUGUAAUUUUAUCAUCAUGCUUCUUCCUGCAGUCUGUCUGCACUACCAGGGUACAAUUGCAUAUUUAGUAGGACUAAAGUAUCAAAUUUUAUUUGCCUAAACAACACGUCUAAAGAAGUUGAGUACCAUUUAUUGGGAUCAGUUUUGUUUAUAAGUUAAAGAUAAAUAACAGUGUUCUUUGUCAUGUAAAGAUACUUGUUGAAUGGAGUUUUUAAAUAAAUAAUUUUGAAAAAAUGGUGUUUUA